AUUAUAGCAUUUUUCAUUUGUCACGCCAAUCUGAAUGGAAAGACCCGAGAAGGGAAGUAUUCUGAAAGGUGUUGUUUCAAGAACUCAGUGGAAUACGCUUUUGCAAAAAGCUCCUCCUGAGUUGUCUUUAAGAGCCAAAAGUCAAGAAGAUGACUUGGAAAGGGAGGACGUAAGCCAGGGUUGGAUUUCCCUUCAAUACGUUUUAGAGGCAGCCUCUCUUUCGGGAGGAGCAAGGGCCCUCUCGUCUCGUUUGAAUUCUCUCUCUAUCGAACUAGAGACUUCUGUCGUAAACCCAGCUCUAAGCGUAAGGCUGGGUGAGGACCUGAAACCAUUUAUUUUAAAGCUUCUGAACCAAGAACAAGUCUUGAAGGUGGCUAGAGCGGAUAUGAUUCGACUGAGAGAAGCCGUUGAAGUACUUCAGAACAUUGUGAAGGUUGAUUUUCAAAACAAGCUUUCGGAAACGGGCUAUCAUACCCGGGUUCGGAAUCUAUUAAAUUCAGUUCUUUUCCUUCUUAGAGUUCCUGAAGAGGUUCGAGUUCUGUGUAGUUCCAAAACUGAGAACUACUCAAAUUUUAAAAAAAGUUCGGAGCUGAUUGAAGCAGCAACAAAGAUUCUUUCUCAAACUGAGUUUAUUUCUUGCGAUGGACUGGAUCAGAUUCGCGAAGAAAUUGUAAAGCUCACAGAAGAAGUAGCCCACCAGAUUAUCGAUUUUCUUUGUGUAGAACUAUUUCUAGAAGUAACAGACCUAUCUUUUCUUCUAUUGGAGGUCAACUUGAACGAGGAAUUGUUAUUGAAGGAGAAACUGACGAAUCUAAUGAGUUCGGUUUGCAAACUUCAGUACUCUACGCAAAGUGGUAACCACUGUAGCAAUAAUUUUAGAAAGCAUUUGGUUGCUUUGAUGGAGCGCUGUAUUGCAGAGGCACGAGAACUUUAUCUGAGACGAAGUCCAGUAGCAAGAGUAAAGGAGGAGCCACGGGGUUAUGACCUUUUGGGCAGAAGUGGCUUUUUGUUUAACUUUCCUAUACUAUGGAGAAGCUUGACAGAAGAAGACUCAAGACGAAUUGACCUGUUUGUCCAAGUUCUUACGUCGGCCUUGCUUGAGGUUCUUCGUAGAUUUCGGUUGGUAAAGAAUAUAAUUGUCGAAUUUGAUGAUGAGGAUAAUUAUCCGAGAUUGGACACUUUGUGGUCAUCAAUGCAACAAAUAGUUGUAGUAGAAUUGGGAUAUUUGCUUGAAACAGAGUAUCCAAAUGUUGAUCACUUUGAUUCUGCAGAUGUUUCACAACCCCAUUUGAAUAGUUUUCCUUUGCGUUCUAAAGGUUUACGUGAAAGUUUUGAGGAGAAAAUUGCCAAAUCUUACACGAAGUCGAGCACUGCGCGUGCUCAUGGUGACAGGGUACUUUUGGAUAACAGCCAUGUGGACUCUAAUGUAGAACAACAUGUUACAAGGAGUCGAACGACUGAGGGACAACUCACUUCUUUAGCGAGUCAGACUUGCUAUUGGUUGGGUCUUCACCCAAGUGUUUUGUGGACUCCUGUCAUAUACGACACCAUCGUUGCAUUUUAUUAUAAAGGAGACGCACUUGCAUUGGAACCAAAACAACCCUUGAGUCAACAUGUCUCUUCUUGGCAUAAAACAGCAACUAAUGGCAACAACAAUGAUAACAUUUUAUUCGUUUUCCUAGAAGGGUUUCUCAAGAACCAUUUUUGCAAGGUGGCUUCGGAAAGGAUUGACGUUGAAGCUCGACGUCUCUGUAGUGAAUCAGACUCAUUUGCCACAGUUGAACCAAGUCCUGAAGUAGUUGAAGAUGGUUUCUUUGACCUAGCAGGCUCUCCAGUUGUUUUGAUGAAGAUUCUUUGUCGCCGCAAGUUUUUAGAUAGCCAUAGAAUCGGGAACCAUCGUGUCUUUAAAUGUUGUUGGGAAGCUUAUAAUAUUAUUGAAGAGGCGCAUUCCCUGGAGGCCUUGAUGAAAGAAAAUUUCCAAUCGACCGGGAUAUUUAAUCUUUUAAUGGCUCCUUUGUGCUCACGUUUUGGAGAUACUUUCAUUCGAAUUAUCAAAGCCCUCCUUACGCCCUUAUGGAACGAAGGUGUCGUUGAGUGGCUCAUGCAGCAUUACCAAGAGAAGUCAGACAUUACAGUGUUAAGGAGUCUUUUACCUGCUUUAACAAGUGAACUGAGUGUAGAUACAUUAAAGAUGCUGAUUGUCAUAUAUAAUAGCACUUGCUUCCUUUUGGAACCUUUGCAUUUAAAAGAGAGGAGUUUGCAAAACUUGACAGGAGUAUUGAAUGACGCUACCCCGUGGACGGAGUUGGACAAUAUUACCAAUAUUUGUAUAAAAGUUUUCGAACUGGAGUGUAUUAAUCUUAUCGAGAGGUCCCAAAGUUGUUGCAAGGAUGGGUCACAAAGGAUUUCAUGUUGUAAUACAAAAUAUUUAAAGGAACGAUAUGCUUACUUCUUUGAAGUUGCAAAGCAAUGCAGAAAUCUUUCCUUGUUAGGUAAUAUUUCUGGUCUUAUUCAUGAUUAUUCAGCCACUCUUCUCGUGAAAAACUGUAAAUAUGUUGAGAACCAAGAUGAAGAGAACCACGGUAACUAAUACGUAGAGAAUACUCUUGUACAUAGUAUAAUUUAUGAAUCUGCUGGGAAUAAAUUUUAUUUGCAUCUU